UCGCAUUCAUCCCGGAUUACGCUGGCCCCGUGUACUGCACUGGAAUGGUGGAAUUGUUCGCACGAUAUUGACAGUAAAACUGCACCUAAUAUUAGCUAUUCGCGUAAGAAACUAAUUUGGAUGAUUGUAAAUUUCGAUCUCAGAGAUGAUUUAGAAAGGUGUGUAACAUUCUGUUCUUCUAUUUCUUUGCUGAAUUCGAUUUGGAGAGCAAUGAAGGUUGAGGAAUAUGGACCGAUAAUGUGGCGUGCUGUUGUCAAGCUGUAGCGAGUGUCGGCGUCACGGCUGUUCUGCCAACGCGACGGUUACGGCUCGAGCCCGCCUGUCCAUAUCCCUCCAUUCACCCAUCGCCACUCCGACCCUGGGCUGGCCUGAGCUCCGGCGUGGAUCGCGAUUGGGGAGUGUGUUCAAGUAGAUCUAUUUGUUAUUAUUAGUGUCGGACAUAAAAUGGAGGUAAAGAGGUCUAGUGAACUUAAAUUUGACUUUAUGAAAGCAGAAGAUAAUUGAACAAAAUGCCUUCAUCAAAAGCUAGAUCUGGAGGAGUAGGAGGAAGGAGUUGCCAUCACGACAAGUGCGAGAUGGGCGAUGGAGAAGUGUCCUUCUCUAAAGGAAUAUUGAUGUCCUCUGUAUCAGGGAUCAUAAGGACUAAACGUACUCAUGGAUGUCUAGUACACAGGAAAAUGGCAUUGUCAUGGAGAGUUUGCAUAGCUUUACUUGUGUUAUGGGCACUAAUUUGUGCCAGAACAUGCUCGGCUCAGCAGGAUUUGUUGUACUACAGUGUGAAAGAAAACCAACCUGUUGGGACAUUUGUGGGAAGUCUUCAGGAUGACACUUCAUUUGGCUCACCAUUCACCACCUUAAAUCCAUCCGCAGAAUUCAUGAUAGAAUCGGAUACAGGAAUCAUUACAACUGGUGCAGUUUUAGACAGAGAAACAGCACCAGACCAGGAAUUUGUAAUCAUCGUGUUUGCUGGUGAAAUGUUUACUGCCCUUGUGGUAACGAUCAGGCUAAAUGAUACAAACGACAACAAUCCAAUAUUUUCUCAAGAUAACAGGACGUUUGAAGUUACAGAAGCAGUUCAACCUUACAUGACAAAAAUUAACGGAGUCACCGCAACUGAUGCGGACGAAGGAAUAAAUGGCAUUCAGGGGUAUCGCAUUGUUGGUGGAAAUAUUGACAACACUUUUGAUCUUGAUGUUAGGGUAAGGGAAACGGGAGUCUACAUGGAUAUUGUCGUCAAUAAAACUCUUGAUCGAGAAACAAUCUCCAUGUACACCUUGAUCAUUGAGGCUUAUGAUGGAGGAGACCCACGGCUCACUGCAAAUACCACAGUCAAUAUCAAAGUAACCGAUGUGAAUGACAACUCACCAGUAUUCACCUUAACUUCCUUUACUGCUACCAUCAAUGAGAGCGCUCCUGUAAACACGACUGUGCUUCAGGUAACAGCAUCUGACGAGGAUGAAGGUUUGAAUGGGGAGGUUGUCUUCAAUCUACAAAGAGACGACGGCUUCUUCAGAAUUGACCCUGCCUCUGGAAUAGUAUAUCUUAACAAGGUCCUGAACUAUGAAGAUGCCCAGGCCCAUGAUUUUCUAGUCAUAGCUCAAGAUAAAGCGGAACCUCCCAUGUCCAGCCAGCCUGCUUAUGUUUCCAUCAUGGUUAUCAACAUCAAUGAAAAACCCCCUUCUCUUGAGGUUCUGUUCCUUCCUGAUGGAGGAGCAUCCCAAGUCUCGGAAGCAGCGGUUGCUGAUACCACCCUUGCCCGCAUCUCCGUCACCGACCCUGAUGACGGUGUCCUCACUAAUGUCUCCAUGACUAUCACAGGUGGUGCUGGUCAGUUUGACCUCCAAAAGAAUAGCAAUCAAGUCUACUUUCUGAUUGUGGCUACUACAGCAAGUUCUUUUGACCGUGAGGAAGUCGCAAGUUACGACAUUUCAAUUCGAGCAACCGAUCACGGUUCCCCGCCACAGCAUGCUGAGGAGAACCUGACCAUUGCAGUGACCGACGUUAAUGAUAACCCACCUAUCUUUGACCUUCCCUUGUACCAUGCGACCAUCAUCGAGGCGUCCGAACCUGGUACCCCGGUCAAGCAGGUCCAUGCAACGGAUGCUGACGAAGGAGUCAACGCCCAGAUCAUCUACAGGAUAUCUCCUGAAGGCACUGACUACUCUGACUGGUUUGAAAUCAAUCCCAUGUCAGGGCUUGUGACUACCCUCCAGAAAGUGGAUAGAGAGGAAACAGGAUCUGUGUUCUUAACAGUGAUUGCUAGUGAUGAAGGGGAGAUAUCCUUGUCUUCAUCUGUGAUCAUCAACAUCACCAUCACCGAUGUCAAUGACAACCAACCAGUCUUCUUUCCAGGGUCUUAUAAUGCCUCCAUAUUGGAAGAACAGGAGAUACCUUACUGCUUCUUGCAGGUAAGAAAACAUUUCUUUUACCUUGGGUGUUUUAUUUCUUUGUUCAAUUUUUAAUUUGAUUUUAUCUUUCUGUACCAGCAGUAGAAAUAAAAGUGUUAUUGAAUGAGAGAGGUAUUUGUAAUCCAUAACAAACUUUUGCUUCAUUAUUUAAACAAGGAGUGCUUUAACAUGAAGACCUUAAGGAAUUUAAUUUCUUAACCCCUGAAGAAGAAAAAAAUUCAGUUCAAUUUAUUUCCGUAACAUCAACACCAAACACUCAAGUUCAUAAGUUGAAAGAAUAUUCAGGAUUUGAGGGGCAGGUGAAUAAAGAAUCAAUUUUAGAGAAUUUGUAGCAGGGAGAUGAGGGAAAUGAGAAUUAGUAGCAGGUCUCGCUGCAACCAUAUGUUUACAUUGCCAUAUGAACCCUUUUAUCCUGUUGUAUUUCAACCAUCAAAAUGAAAAAAAAAUCCUUUCAUUCUAUUAGAAUGCAUAGUUUGUAAAUAUUGCAUCUUUUUACUAAAAUUUCCCAUUUCUUCAAAGAAAGCGAAAUCCCAGUUAUGCAUGAUGGAAUGUGUCAAUUUCUUUGAUGGUAUAUGUUUUCUGACAUGUAAUUUGAGAUUCAAAUAUUUUACAAAUAUUCUAUCAAUAUUUAUUUUGAUGUGAAAGUCAACUGUUUACUGAAAGAACAUCUCUAUAGAGAAAAGUCUCUUCCGAGCGGAAUUUUUGUUGUU